UACGAUUCCCAGAAUUUUAAUAGGAUACUCUGUUAUACCCACCCACUUUUUCUCGGCCCAUUGACAUCCGUUCAAAUAGUCGUUAUGAGUUGUGUCGUCUAAUCUGUUUGGCGAACUAAUUUGAAUGGUUUCCUUGACAACAGCUCUUCGCUGUUCAAGCUCCAAUUCCUUGCUUCACUCCCUCCAUUUUCACGGAAAAUCCACCAUUUACACUUUCCAGAAUCAAUUUGGGAAUGUAUUUACAAGAUUUAAAUUAGCUAGAUUGAGUAGCUCUGCAAUCUGCCAUGCUUUUGCUGAGCAUAAUCAACGAGAUAACAAUAAUCGUCCUAAUUCUCAAACUUAUUUAUGGCUUUUGGAAGGAUGGCUUAAUUCGGGUUCUGGGUCGAUAAUUGAUUGCAGAAAGCUUCAUGGGUUGAUUUUGAAAUCGGGUUUUACUGAUGAGAUUGGAUUAUGUGGUCGUUUACUGGAUUUUUAUAUUGUCAAUGAUCAAUUAUGGGAUGCACACAAUCUGUUUGAUGAAAUGCUUGAAAGAGGUGUCAGUGUAUGUGUUUCUUCAUGGAAUAGGAUUCUUUCGGGAUUUGCGUCAAAGAAAUUGUCAAGAGAAGCAUUGGGGUUGUUUUCGCGUAUGCUGAGGGAGAAUGUGGAUCCUGAUGAGUUUACAUUUAGUAAUGUGUUGAGGGCGUUUGGUGGAGGUUCUAGGGAAAAGAUUGAUCUUAGUUGUAUUGAGCUGAUUCAUGCUAAGAUAAUUGUAUAUGGUUUUGAAGGUAGUCGUUUUGUGUGUAACCCUUUGAUUGAUUUGUACUCGAAGAAUGGAAUGAUUGAUGCUGCAAAAUAUGUUUUUGACAAUGUAGGCGAGAAGGAUAAUGUGUCUUGGGUUGCUAUGAUAUCUGGCUUAUCUCAGAAUGGACGGGAGGAACAAUCCCUUCGCCUAUUCUGUGAUGAGAUGCAUACACAUGGUAUUUUACCCACGCCAUAUGCUCUAUCAAGUCUUUUAAGUGCCUGCAGUAAGACAGAGUCAUUCGAGGUUGGUCAGGAGCUUCAUGGGCUUAUUUAUAAGUGGGGUUUUGCCUCUGAAGUUUUUGUGUGCAAUGCACUUGUGACACUUUAUUCUCGCUGGGGAGACAUGAAGUCUGCUGUCAAGAUUUUUGAGAUGAUGACGGAGAAGGAUGGAGUAUCAUAUAAUUCACUUAUUUCAGGACUUGCUCAGAAGGGACUUAGUGAUCAAGCUCUUCAUUUGUUACAGAAGAUGCAGCAAGAUUUUCUGAAACCGGACUGUGUUACAGUGGCAAGCCUUGUAAGUGCUUGUGCUUCCAUUGGAGCUCUUGAUAAGGGAAGACAACUUCAUUCAUAUGCACUGAAGGCAGGAUACUGCUCUGAUAUGCUCAUUGAAGGGUCUCUGCUUGACCUUUAUGUCAAAUGCUCUAAUAUUGAAACUGCACAUAAGUAUUUCCUUACAACUAAAAGAGAAAAUGUGGUCCUGUGGAAUGUAAUGCUUGUAGCUUAUGGGCAGGUUGGUGAUCUAAGUGAAGCAUAUCAUGUGUUUACGCAAAUGCAGAUGAAAGGUCUGGAACCUAAUCAGUAUACAUAUCCAAGCAUGCUUAGAACUUGUACUUCUACGGGAGCUACAGAUUUGGGAGAACAAAUCCACACCCAAGUCAUUAAAACAGGCUUUCAGGUUAACGAGUAUGUUUGUAGCGUGCUUAUAGAUAUGUAUGCUAAGCAUGGAUUCCUGGAUACUGCUGAAAAGAUUUUCCGGAGGCUUACUGAAAAUGAUGUUGUCUCUUGGACAGCUAUGAUUGCAGGAUAUGGGCAGCAUGAAAUGUAUGCUCAUGCUCUUAAGAUUUUUGAAGAGAUGCUAUGCCGUGGGAUCCGACCAGAUAAUAUAGGAUUGUCAAAUGUAAUCAGCGCAUGUGCAGGCAUUCAAGCACUCUACCAAGGUCAGCAAAUCCAUGCUCAGUCGUACAUUCUAGGAUACUCUGAUGAUCAGUCAAUCCGGAAUGCUCUUGUGAGCCUUUACGCUAGAUGUGGCAGACUUCAAGAUGCUUAUCAUGCAUUUGAGAAAAUUGAUGUGAAAGAUAACAUAACAUGGAAUUCUCUGAUUUCUGGUUUUGCACAAACUGGGCACUCUGAAGAUGCAUUUAAAGUAUACACUCAGAUGAAUAAAGCAGAUAUAGAAGCUAAUCUGUUUACUUACACCGCUACAAUAAGUGCUGCUGCUAACAUUGCAAAUGUUAAACAAGGAAAGCAGAUACAAGCAAAUUUAUUUAAAUCUGGUUAUAAUUUGGAAACUGAGGCAUCAAAUGCUUUGAUCACUCUUUAUGCAAAGUGCGGGUGUCUGGAUGAUGCCAAGAGAGUGCUCUCUGAAAUGACGAACAGAAAUGAGGUUACAUGGAAUGCAAUGAUCACUGGGUAUUCACAGCAUGGAUGUGGGGAAGAAGUCCUGGAAAUCUUUGAUGAGAUGAAAAGGAUUGGUGUGGCACCAAAUCACGUCACAUUUGUGGGAGUAUUAUCAGCAUGCAGCCAUGUAGGAUUAGUGGAACAGGGACUAAGGUACUUUGAGUCCAUGACCAAAGAAUAUGAUUUGACACCCAAACUAGAACAUUGUAUUUGUGUUGUUGAUAUUCUCAGUCGUGCUGGUUACCUAAGCCGUGCUAAAAAGUUUAUAGAAGAUAUGCAAUUCAAACCAGAUGCAAUGAUUUGGAGAACUAUUUUGAGGGCGUGCAUUGUUCACAAGAACAAGGAAAUUGGAGAGUUUGCUGCUCGCCAUUUGUUAGAGUUAGAACCCAAAGACUCGGCAACCUAUGCUCUCAUGUCAAAUAUGUAUGCAGUGACUAGGAAUUGGACUUGUAUGGAUGAAUCCAGGAAAAUGAUGAAAGAAAGAGGGGUGAAGAAGGAGCCAGGUCGUAGUUGGAUUGAAGUAAAUAAUGCCAUUCAUGCCUUUUACGCUGGUGAUAAUCUUCAUCCUCUAGCAGAUAAAAUAUAUGACUUCUUGGUAGAACUGGAUAAGCGUGUAGCUGACAUUGGUUACAUGCAAGAUCCGUACAGCCUUCUUCUUGAUACAGAGAAGAAUCAGGCUGUCAAUGUUCAUAGUGAGAGACUUGCUAUUGCUUUUGGACUAAUAAGCUCAUCAAGCUCAAUUCCUCUCCAUGUCAUGAAAAAUCUCCGUGUAUGUACUGAUUGCCAUAAUUGGAUCAAGUGUGUAUCUGAAAUCUCAAAUCGGACAAUUAUUGUGAGAGAUGCAUAUCGUUUUCAUCAUUUUGAGGGAGGCUUAUGUUCAUGUAAGGAUUACUGGUAAUUCAAGUACCUGGAGGGCCAGAAUCUAUACACGAAUUUAAUUCUGUGGCUUUCUAGAGACACAUCCUUGCCGGGAAGAUUAUCUGCUUAAGCUCCGGCUGUGAAGGGGUACAUUGGUAUGGAGUGCUGAUAUAUUACUUCAGCUGCUAUGCUUUACAAUCUCUAUUACAAUUCUUUUGCACAUAUAACCAAGCUGAAUUCCUCUCUGCUUCAGUUUUGUGGAUAUCUUACCCAAUAGGCCAAUGCUUUGUAAGUAUAGUUGGUAAAGGAGGGUGGUUGAACUCAUUGAAGAGGGAAUGUAAAAAUUCUGGAAAUGACCCAAUCAGAAAAGGCUUUUUGUCAUCGGCUUCAGACAUUCAUCUGUAUCCAUAUCGUUCUAAGUUGUCAAAAACUAGUUGGAUAUGGGAAUGACAAGGUAGAGGCGGAGUCAGAGUUUUGGUGUUACAAGUUGCAUAUUGGUAAUUUAGCUGUGUAGUAGUGUUGCUGAAAUAUCUGAGGCAAAACACGAAUAAUCUAUAAGAAGCCCAAGGAACUAAGGAAGCAAGUAUUUGCCAAUCCAGCGCAAAAGCAACUGUACUGUAGGGGGGAUUGUGAGGGGAAAAACAAGCUGGUCAUCUUUUGUCAGAAAACUGAAAAUUUUGCGAGAGAACCAUCAAGCUCAGUUUUGGGCUGGUGAAUUGGUUGAUUUAAGAGAUUGCAGUUGCAGAAAACCAUGCUAAACCAGAGGAAAAUGUUAGGGACUUGUAUUAUUAACAUAGUUUCCUUCAAGCUCAUGAUACAUUGAUACGGGGUAUCAGUUUACAAGGGUAUUGUUCAUUAGAAAGUGAGAUCCUGAAGAAUAGAUGAGCAUAACUUCAGAAAAAAAAUUCCAAAAGUUGAGUCAAAGGUUAAUCAAAUGCAGCAACCCGAACUCAUGCUGUGCUGCAUUGGAGGCUCUCGAGGCACACAAAAGAAGCCACUUUCGACAGCACUUUACAGUUGCUGGAAUUGACUUGUCAUAACUCUCAGAGGCGUUUUUCAAAUUGACAUUCAUCAAUCUAAUUCUGUCAACACUAGCCCAUAAUUGAAAGCUAAUUUCAUUGUAUUAUAACAACAUACAACUAUUCAAAUUAUUACACAGCUUUCCAGGCC